AUGUCGAAGGUGUGGUGGGGAUUUGACAAAUUAUACAAAGUCUGGAAUUUUCAUGGUGAGGCUUCUACAUCAUCUGUUAAUAUAAAUAUUGUUAAUGAAGAGGGACUUGAUUGUGAUUUUGAAGAAGAUGAUUUUCAAGACAUGUUCACUGAUUUAAGAAAUGCAGAAAAUAUCAAUACCAUUGGGCCUCAAUUAGAUGAUAUUAAUGAAAACAUGAAUGCAGAAAAUAUUAGAGGAAGUUAUAGCUCAAUGUUUGAAGAAGCACAAAAAGAGUUAUAUCACACUUGUACUAAUUUUUCUGUAUUCAGUUUUUUGGUUAAGUUAAUGCAUGUGAAGGUGUUAAAUGGCUGGAGCAAUAAAUCUUUAGAUAUGUUACUCCAGUUAUUGCAAGAGGCAUUUCCCAAACCGAAUGCGAUUCCAAACUCUCAUUAUGAAGCAAAGAAAAUGCUAAAAGAGUUAGGAUUGACAUAUGAGAAGAUACAUGCAUGUAAGAAUGAUUGUAUAUUAUUUUGGGGUGAGCAUGAGAAUAAGGAUACAUGUCCGGUGUGCAAGGAGCCUAGAUACAAGUAUGAUGGGAUGAAUAAGAAAAAGAAUGCUCAGAAAAUUCUUCGAUAUUUUCCUUUGAAGCCCAGACUUAAGCGGUUGUUUAUUACGAAACAUACAGCAAAAGAUAUGAGAUGGCAUAAAGAAAAACGGGUUGAAACAGAUGGUGUAUUAAGGCAUCCAGCAGAUAGUGAAUCAUGGAAAGAAUUUGACACAUCACAUGAAAUAUUUGCUAGUGAUCCACGAAAUAUUCGCUUAGGGUUGGCUACAGAUGGUUUUAAUCCAUUUGGAAAUAUGUCAAAUGCUUAUAGUAUGUGGCCUGUUAUACUUGUGAAUUAUAAUUUGCCACCAUGGAAAAUGAUGAAGCCAUCAUAUUUGAUUAUGUCUCUUUUAAUUCCUGGGCCUAAAUCACCUGGGAAAGAGAUAGAUGUAUACUUACGACCUUUGAUCAACGAACUGAAGGAGCUAUGGGAUGAUGGGGUGGAAGCAUAUGAUGCAUCGGCUGAACAAGUAUUUCGAUUGCAUGCUGCUGUGAUGUGGACUAUUCAUGACUUUCCAGCAUAUGGAACAAUAUCCGGAUGGAGCACAAAGGGUUAUAAAGCAUGUCCAGUAUGUGCAGUUGAAACUAAAUCUCAAAGAUUACGGAGUAAAAUAUGUUAUACAUGCCACCGUCGAUUCUUGAAUGUACAUCACCCAUGGCGUAGAAAUAAGAAUUUCAAUGGAAAGGUUGAACAAGAAGGACCACCACGAAGAUUUAGUGGUUAUGAGAUUUUAGCACAAUUAGAUACAUUACCUCGGGUGACAUUUAGUAAGCAUCCUACAUUAAGUAAAAACGACAACGAUCUUUGGAUGAAUCAAAUUGGGUAA